AUGAGCUUCCAGGGAUGGAGCAUCGAGGACGUCUAUGAGACCGUGAAAGGCUUCGGCUUUCGCGGUCGGUGCCUCUCUUUACUGCUUGCAACAAUCCACUUCUUCUUCGUAUUAGCGAUCCCCAUUCUGUGCUGUCUUCGUGUGGAUAAUUUGAUCUCGAGCACCUGGGCGGUAGUGCUCACUCCGUUAUGGAUUCUCGACGUUAUUUAUUAUGGAAGUGUGGUGUUCGCGCUCGUGUUCUCUAGUGGCAAGCUGUAUACGUUCAGUAAGCAAUUGUUGCUCUUGGUGGUGCAAAUAUUCAUCGUGAUGAAGCUGGAUGGAGUCGUGCACUGGAGUCUUCUGGCCGUGUUGACACCCUACUUUACGUGCGAUGUUCUUAACUUGUUGGAGGUGGUUAUUGGCGGCGUAUUGGGGCAUCAAAUGCUCGUGAGCGACAGUGUUGGCGCUUGUGUUUCUCAGACGGAAGAAAUCGAGACAGAACGACAGCUAUUGGUGAAGGCAGUGACGCGCAAAACAGCGUUAACGUUGCUGCGUAUCGUCCAGGCGUUGUUGAUUGGGAUGAAGGUUGACGGUAGUUUAAACGGUACUACCUGGUGGCGUGUCAUGUCUCCUGUGUGGAUCCUUGUGCCCUACCUCUUCUGGUACCCGAUCAAGAAAUACAUCAGCUCGACGUCAGCCCAUCGACUAGUAGAUGCCGUGCUUACAGGGGGCGUCAUCUUCAUGUUGGUCGCGCCACUUUUCUUGCUAUCAACUCGCUUAGAAGGCAGGAGAAUGUCAAGUUUUGACAUCGUCAUGCCAUGGCUGUUAUUGAUGGGCGUCUCGUUCUUGUUUUUAUUGUGUGCAAUUACACUGGCAGGAGUCGAGCGAGUUAUUCAAAGUGGCGUGCAGCCAACGCGUCGACACGCUCAGAGUCCCCCAUACCGUCACGACUACGUUGCCGUCGACAUGGACUGA